GUUGGUCAUGUGGGAAUAACGGGGGAGUGAUAUAGGGGGAGGUUUGAUUUGGACGGUGUAUUGUCGAGGGUGAGUGUAUAUAAAAGGGGAGGCUGCGUGCAAAUUGGAGAGAAGGAGUGUGAGAUAGUGUUGAAGACGAAGAGCAAACCAACUACUAUCGACUCAACAUGUUGUUCUCCAAUAUCUUCCUGCCUACGGCGCUCCUGGCUGCUCAGGCUGCUGCCCACGGCGCAGUCACCAGCUAUGUUAUUGAUGGCGUGACAUACCCAGGCUACGAAGGCUUCUCCCCCGCCUCCUCCCCGAAAACCAUCCAACGCCAAUGGCCCGACUACAACCCCACCAUGAGCGUCACAGACUCUAAAGUCAUGUGCAACGGCGGCACAUCCGCCGACCUCGUCGCAAAGGUCAAAGCCGGCGGCAAGAUCCGCGCAAUCUGGAAGCAGUGGACCCACGAGCAAGGCCCGGUUAUGGUCUGGAUGUACAAGUGCUCCGGCGACUUCAAGUCGUGUAAUGGAAGUGGAAAGAAGUGGUUCAAGAUCGACCAACAAGGCAUGACCGCUCCCCCCCUCUCCGGCCGCAACUGGGGCACCGCCUUCGUCCUCAAGAACCUCUACUGGGAAUCCACCGUCCCCGCCACCCUCGCCGCAGGCAACUACCUCGUGCGCCACGAGCUGCUCGCUCUGCACCAAGCACGCAGCCCGCAGUUCUACGCUGAAUGUGCGCAAAUCGAGGUUACGGGUGGAGGCUCGGCGUCGCCGAGUGGCGAUUACCUAGCUACGAUUCCCGGGUAUGCGUCGCAGAAUGAUCCGGGUAUCAUGGUCGAUACGUAUAGUAGCUCGCAGACUACAUAUACGUGUCCCGGACCGAAGGUGUGGAGUGGUUAAGAGAUGUGGAGAUGGAUAAGGGGAAGAUGGGGG